CUUAUUGAGCGUUUGGGAAGUAUGUGUUCGUUUUGUUGCACGGGUUAACCGCUUAAUGAAGAUACGUUACAUUGCAGUAAGCGAUUCAUUGAUAGUGGUUCAUUUUUCCAUAUAGGACUAUUAUGUGAUGUAUACGUAUAUAUGUUCGUGGCGAUAAUGUACAUAUAUGUACACAUCCUUGGCUGUUAGGCACGCAUUUAAAGAUGUCAGUUCAUAUGAGAGCUGGCGGUGUUUACAUCAAACACGGACGGAGUCAGUGCGCCUGCUUCCUGAUGUCUGACGUUCCGUACGCUGGGCGGGGAAGUAGCUGCAACAAUGGGAGAAGUUAGUAAAGAGAAGAUCAUUAAGACACGACUUAGCGUGAUCUGGCAGUUCUGUAAUGUUUUAAUGUCUUUAUUCUUUGCUCUUGCAACAUAUGUACAGAUUAAUGAUCCAGACGCAGGGUUAUGGAUGGUGGGUUAUGGUGUCCCCGCAAUCUUGGUUGCAUUUAUUGGCUUGAAACCCAGUGUGACAGAGACUUUGCCCUGGAGGCGUGUUGCUGAUCUACAUGUGAUGAUUUCCAGCGCUGUUAUUGGCAUGUUGGGAUGGGCACUGUAUAAAGAGCGAAUCACACAGAUCUUCCAACGGGAGGAGGGCAGAGAGUUUUCUGGUUUGCUGUUGACGGCUGUUUGGCUUCUUCUGUGUCGUCACUCUGGAAGAGGUUCUGUUGGGAUGUCCAGAGUCUUGACAGCAGUGGCCAUCACAGUCUUCCCCUUUGUGGCCUGGUUUUAUUACUACAUCAACAAGGAAUUGCGAUUGAACUGGCCUGACCAUUGUAAAACUGCUAUUUAGAUGAACUGUCUGCUAAUUGAACAUUCCUAUGCUGUGUGCCGAGACUGACAAAUCUGGCAAAAGAAUGCUGCUACAGAUCAUGUUCUCUAAUGUCACUCAACUAUUUAGCCACACUCUGUUUCAUCAGUAUUACAAACUUGAUUUUGUGUUAAAUCUUAUUAAAUUUGUAAUUUUCAACUAAUGAAGGGAUUAACUUAUUUGUUAUUUCUGUUUACGUUCAUUCUCCUUUAAUUGUGUAAUAUAAAUGUAAUAAUCAUGUAAAUAACACAAAAUAUAAUCAAAAAAAGUGAAACUCAGUCAACCUUCAGCUUUUAUGUUACUUGAUAAUGUUCAUCCUGUGUUACGUUCCCUCCACAUUAAUUCAAAAUCAGAAUCAGCUUUAAUGGACUCUGACUCUGUCUUUGUUCCCCCUUGUGACAAAAAGCUAAUUAUUUACAAUUUUAAUUAUAGUUACUUACAAAAAUGAACAAAUAAAUUAUAUAAACUGCA